AGCUUUCGAUCCCAGCAUGCUUUGCGUGUCCCUCACGUUCGCCAUCUUGGAAAAAUAUUUUAAAUUUUUGAAAUCGAGUUGUUUUCAUGGCGUUUGGGAGACAUAUUUAUAACGCUUUGUUUCGGCGGACGUCUACAUUUGCUUUAACAAUUGUCGUUGGUGCUGUGUUGUUUGAACGAGUGUUUGAUCAAGCGCUAGAUAAUCAUUAUGAGAGGGUAAACCAAGGGGUAUGUAUACCGUAUCAGCAGACUUUGCAUCAAUAUGUAUAUAUUCUGAAUUUUCAAGUAUACGAGCAACUGCCUCGUUUAUUUAGAUGAUACCUUCUAUUUUGUUCCUGAGAUAGUUAAGUUCAUGAAUUAAAGUUGACCUGGAUAAUGGAAUGAAUAUAUUGUGAAACGGGUCAUAUAUAUUUAAUAAGGAACAGGGUAACCAGGUAAAUGUGGUCUGUCAUUAAGGAACAAGUGGGAGCAGUUGUUAGUGGUCAUCUUCUGAAAUCUCAAUUUUUUGUUAUUUGCCACAAACUACUUUAUACAACUUGUAUAAUGAAAACAAUUGACAUCACUUCCUCUCUGAUAACUACAGGUUGACCGCAAAUGCGCACCAUCACAGACGCCAAGAGUCUCGAUUUGAUGCGUGAGACUCUAUUUUAUGCUUUCACAAUUAAGUCCCCAAAUCUCCGCGAUUUUAAAUAAAAUCUCUGCUAAACCAUAAGUGAUUGGGUGUUCCAGAAAAGAUCCAUACCCCCCCUACGGAGGAAAUCGAAAAUAACCCCCUCCCCCCCUUCGGACAUCCUUGAAUGGUUCAUCCUCCCCCCUCUCCGGACAUCAAAGUCCAAAAUUACCCCCCUCCCCUUUGGACAUCCACUAUUCCUAAUUUUUUCUAAAGGCUACCUCGCCGUUUGAAAACGUCACCGAAAAUUAGACUGCGUUCACACUACGCGCAAGCGAACUAAUGCAGGCAGAAUUUACGUGUGUUCACACUACCGCCAUUACAGUUUGUUUACAAAUUGAAUUAGCACUCGUGUAAACCCAAAAUCUUUCAAAUAGACCCAAGAAAUUUAACUGAAAAGCAUUCGAGUUUACACGUCGGUGUUCACACGAAGCUAUCAAGCGCUCCGCCAUUUUCACCAUGCUCCGUUUAGAAACCGUGCUCAAAUUGUUACGGCAAAAGUGACGUGAAAGUUUUAAACAAUUUCGCUCCAGCGUAAAGUGAAUUAGCGAUGGCUUAUUGUGACUUUUCUACGCUGUUUUCAAAUAGCUCCGGCGUGGCGGAACACUUGGCGACUUCUUGUGACUUGCGAACACAAACACAUGGCAGGUUUUGUCGGAUAAUUUGGAGAAAUCCACUUUGAAAUUCGUUCAAGUAAAAUUCGGACUGAAAUUCGAUGUAACUUACGACUGAUUGACAAGCGUUGCUAUGUUUACUUAAUUUUUUAGUAUUACUGCAUUCCUUAACCUCGCCCUUAAUAUGAAAGCCAUUUCUAUUUUCUAGACACGCACCUCGCAACAAAGCUUUAAUGACUAUAUACUAAAAAACAAAUUGUUUCGAGCAACAGUUUAAUAACUUUUAUUUUUAACACUUGAAUAAUUCAAACUUAUAUAUACGAACGAAAACUGCAAACUAUAUAAAUAAAGCGUGUCAAUUUUCGACUCAUUCUCAACAUACAGGAUACGCUGUUACAGCGAGUUAGUUUUUGGUGGCCAUGCAUGCAAAAGUGGGCCGCUUAUUUUGCUUACAAGUUACGUGGACGUAAAAUUAUUGCUGUUACAUAAACGUUCCGGUGUUCAAGAGCUACAUAUAGCCGAUAAAAAUUGUGUGCUCAUUAUAAUCACCAAUCACAUAGCUUUAUCACAGUCUCAAACCUUCAGACAAACAUAUCCACAUUCCUCUCCCCCCCUUAGGACAUCCUAAGACAUUUUUCCUCCCUCCCCCUUCGGACAGCAAAAAUUUCCUCCCUGGGGGGGGGGUAUGGAUCUUUUCUGGAACAACCCAUUCCAAACACCCAUGGAAAAAAGAAACUUUCGAAUUUUGUGAGACUUGACACUGGAAGCUGAAGCCAUAAAGAAAAAACUAUUUUUAAUCUUAAAGCCUUGUAUUACAGUUAUAUUGACAAAAUAUAAAUGCAUACUAUCCUAAGAUUGAAUAUCUGUUGAUUAUUUUCUGGUGUUGUUAAAGUUAACCCUGGUCAUAUUAAUGAGCAAACCUGAAAAUUUCUAAGUCUCACAAUUUUUCAGUCAAUCUCACGACUUUUUAGAUAGCAACUCACUAUUUCUGCUAAUCAAGGGUUGGCAGGUCUGCCAUCAUGGUUAGUGAAACCAACCUGUUGAUCUUGGUAUCUGACUUGACAUGCUUUAGAUGAGGUCAUAAAGUAUCUCUAAAUAAUUGUUUGAACUUUUAUAAUAUUUUUGUAGAAAUUAUGGAAACAUAUCAAGCAUAAAUAUGAGACAGUUGAAGAAGAUGAGUAACAAGGAAAAUGGAUUAAUCAUGUGUAUCUAACGAAGAGACAAACUAGUAAUAAUGAAAAUUUUAUAAAGUUCAAGACUUAAACAGACUUUAUUUUGUUAUUUAAUAAGAAUUGCGAUAAACUUUAAGAAGUUGUUUAAGUGAAAAUGUUUUUGUCAAUUAUGUGAAAAAUACUUUUAUGAAAAUUAUAGCUGAUAUUUGAGCUGUUUUAUACUGUAGAGUAAUGUUUCUAUUCUUUCUUUCUUAAGUGGGGAGUUUAUAUCAAUAGGUGACUUUCAAUUAUUGCAUCAGAGAGCAGCUGAUGGUGGUCAGCUUCAGAAAUGUAGAUUCUUGUAUAAAUUAACCCAUUGAGCCCCAAUGUGCCCCAAUGCGCCCUGCAUCUUUUUACUCGUCUAACGUCAGUUAAUUUUACUCAUCAAUGGGGAAAC